UUCAACAAUUACAGAUCAAUCGAAUUCGGUGCCAAUAAUAUAACUCCCUAACGAGUAUAUUUUUUCUUUUAUUUUUUUAUUACAUCGUCGACUUUUCUUUUGUUUUCAUUUAGAAUGUAUAGUUGACCAUUGUUAUCAAGCUGACUAUAAAAUUGACGAAAACCGAGGAUAGAAUAUUAGGUACUGCAGACUGCCAGUUGAACUGGUUCCCUCGAUGAUGUAUAGAUCGUGAUUACCCGCAUGCGUAUUCUAACCUUUAUUUAAAAUAGUCCAUGUGUCCUGAUAAAAAUCGUUCUUUUAAAACUAUGAAACCUAACAGGAACAAUUUAAAACGAAAACAAACAUUAAAAAAUUCCGAUAAUGUCAUCGAAAAUAAUGAAGAAAGUGAUUACGAGAAAUCUGAAGUAGAGGAUUCGGGUACCGAAGAUUUAUUAAUCGGAGAGAUUGAUGGCGAUGGAGAUACAACGGAUGAAGAAAGGAAUAAUGGAGAUUCUAAUGAUGAUUCGAACGAGGAGGAGGAUAAACCUAUAUUUGCAUCCUCCGACGAAGAAGAUGAAAGUAACGAGGAGGAGAUAUCUAGCGAAGAACUUUCGUCUGAAGAGGAUAGUUUGUUAGAAUCAGAGUCAAAUUCUAAAGAAGAAAAUGAAGAAGAAACAGCAAAUAUUAAAUAUCAGAAAACAAAACAUAAACAAAUCAAAAAGAAAAAUCAAAGUAAAUCAGUCAAUCAUAAAGAUGACUCGAAAGCCAAAGUAAAUGCAAACGAUUCUAAAUUAAAUAAAUAUGAGACUGAUUCAUCGGAUGAAGAAGAUAUUAGAAAUACUGUUGGUAAUAUACCAUUGAAAUGGUACGAUAAUAGUAAACAUAUUGGUUAUGAUUGGGAUGGAAAACAAAUAUUGAAGCCAGAACAGGGAAAUCAAUUGGACAAUUUUUUGAGGAGGAUGGAAGACCCUGACUUUUGGAGAACGAUAAAAGAUUAUCAAACUGGACAAGAAGUUGUUUUAAGCAAUGCGGAUAUCGAACUUAUAACAAGAAUUCAAAAGCAAAGAUUACCUGAUGCUAAAUUUGAUGAAUAUGCGCCAUGGAUGGAAUGGUUUACUUCAGAAGUUAUGAAAACACCUAUUCGUAAAUUUCCUGAGCACAAGCGUUCCUUCCUUCCAUCGAAACCAGAGGCUAAAAGGGUUUCAAAACUUGUUCAUGCCUUAAAAAUGGGUUGGAUUAAAUCAACGGCAGAAUUGAAAAAAGAAAGGGAGUCAAAGACAAGGGAACCUCAGUUUUAUAUGCUGUGGCAGACCGAUGAUCAAGCCGAAGAGAUGAGAAGAAUUCACAAGCACAUUCCAGCACCAAAAAGAUUUUUGCCUGGACAUGCCGAAAGUUAUAAUCCACCUCCAGAAUACUUGUUUGAUAAGAGAGAAUUAAAAGAAUGGAAUAAAUUGAAAAAUACACCAUGGAAAAGAAAAUUGCAUUUUAUUCCUGAAAAAUAUGACUCUCUAAGACAAGUUCCCGCUUAUCCCAGAUAUAUCAAAGAAAGAUUCCAAAGAUGUUUGGAUUUGUAUUUAUGUCCAAGAGCAAUAAAAAUGAAACUAACUAUAGAGCCAGAAUCGUUAGUUCCUCAAUUGCCAAGCCCUAGGGACUUGCAACCAUUCCCAACUGUACAGUCAAUGAUUUAUGAAGGGCACACGGAUAUGGUUAGGUGUAUGACUGUGGAAUCUUUGGGUCAAUUCCUUGCUAGUGGAGGGGAUGAUUCCACAUUAAGGAUAUGGGAGAUUUCCACUGGUAGAUGUGUUAAAGUUGUAAAUUGUGGUGGCACGGUGAGAAGUGUCGCUUGGUGUCCAAACCAGAAUCUACCGUUAAUAGCUGUAGCUGCUGAUCAAAGGGUUCUUUUAAUUAAUCCAGGUGUAGGAGAUCAUGUCAUUUCAAAGAAAGCAGAUAAAUUAUUAGAAAUAAUUCCACAAAGCGACGUAAUCGUGUCGGAGAGAGUAACGGCUGUAGUGCAAUGGGAAAAUCAGUCCGUAAUGGAUAACGCAGAAGAUUGGAACACAAGCAUAAGGGUUGUAAUAAAUCACUAUAAAAUUGUUAAACAAGUGACGUGGCAUGCUAAAGGCGAUUACUUUUUGUCAGUAAUGCCAGAUGGUCAAAACAGAGCUGUUCUAAUCCAUCAACUAUCAAAAAGAAGAUCUCAUUUACCCAUUGGUAGGCCUAAAGGGCAGGUACAAUGUGCCCUAUUCCAUCCAUUUAAACCAUUCUUAUUUAUAGCGACGCAAAGAAACGUAAGAAUAUAUGAUUUAAUGAAGCAAGAAAUGAUAAAAAAAUUAUUCACAAAUUCACAAUGGAUAUCCAGCAUGUCCAUUCAUCCUGGAGGGGAUAAUCUUCUUGUUGGCACCUACGAUAAGAAAUUACUGUGGUUUGAUUUAGAUUUAAGUACAAAACCCUAUCAAAUUCUUCGCUUACACGGUACAGGUAUACGUGGAGUGGCGUAUCAUAAAAACUAUCCGUUGUUCGCGUCAGGAGCUGAUGACAGAGGUCUUAUCGUAUGCCAUGGAAUGGUUUACAGUGAUUUACUACAAAAUCCAUUAAUUGUGCCCCUUAAAAGAUUAUGUAAUCAUGAAGCUUUUAAUGACUUUGGCAUUUUGGAUGUACUAUUUCAUCCAAUUCAGCCAUGGAUAUUUUCAGCUGGAGCAGAUUCAACAAUAAGAAUGUAUACUUGAACAUAUUUUAUUGUAAUUAUAAAUAGUUUUAUUAAGAAAUGAGAAAUAAAUAAUUUUUACAAG